AUGCGUGACCCCGCCAACAAGGCUUGUCAUAACUGUCGACGACGACGCCUGAAGUGCGACCGGGAUGUUCCUGCAUGUCGCAAGUGUGCGCUGACCGGACAGGAAUGUCUGGGGUACGGGAAGCUGUUUGUCUGGAACGAGGGGGUUGCCAGCCGGGGGAAGAUGAUGGGCAAGACGUAUCCUGUGCAGAGAGAGCCGGACAGGACUAUUAGCACAGGGAACUCAGGGAACAGCCUGAUCCCACAGGUCUAUGAUUUCCUGCCUCUUCAACUGCCGUUACUGGACCCCCUGUAUCAGGGCUUGGAUGAUACCUCGCGAGGGUAUCUAUCCCACUUUGCAUCGACCGUGUCCAGCGACAUGGUGAUCGCUGAUAUCACCGAUGUGAACCCGUUUCGGAGUUUAAUUCCGUUCUGCAGGGACCAUCCCAUCCUGCUGCAUAUCAUCCUGGCCAACUCUGCCCUGCACAUCUCGUGCCUGCACCGACGAGGCCUUGACCCAGAACAACAUAUGCCUGUUCUUGCAGGAGAAGUCUCAACCACUGAUGCAGUCCAUCGGUCUUCCCGUGCCAUGAUCGAUGCGUUAUCAGCCAAGCAAAAGGCCCUCGUCCUCCUCAGACGCGCCCUCGAGGACAUGUCCCACAUCGACGUUGACAUGAUCGCAGCCGUCGUCCACCUCUUCAUCAUCUUCGAGCUCAUCAGCCCCGGGGAGGAUGAAUGGAAGGCCCACGUCGAGGGUGCCCUGCGACUGAUCAGCUACCUGCACACGCUUGAAAUCCGACACUCCUCCCCGGCGGCCCUGGUCCGGGACUGCAUCACAUCAGACUGCUUAACAUACUACAUCCUCGGCUCAACCCUCAUGAACACAACGACCCUGUCCGACCCAUUCCUCCUCCCAGGGGACAUCAUCGCCUCGCUCACCCGCGCCGAGGUCAACAGCUACCUAUCCCUCCCAACACCCCUCCUGCAAACCCUCUUCAAAGCAUGCGAACUCUCAAACCGCGUCUCGCUAGGCGAAAUGCUCGGCGCAGACCCAACCCCAUUCCUCAACGAAGCGCGCGACCUGCUAAACACCGUCCAAUCCUUCAACGUAUACGCCUGGGCCUCAACGCUAGAGGGGGACCCGUCCUCGACCCGAACCCUCAGCCGGAUCCAUACCGCACUGGCGCACCAGAAUGCAGUCCGGAUAUAUAUCCUGCGCAGCGUGGAGCAGAUCUCCCCUUCGCCUGUGGCGGGAGUAGGACUGGGCCUGUGCGAGAGCGAGACAGAGGGCCUGGUGACCGAGAUCAUCACGCACCUGUCGCUGGUGGGGCUGACGGAUCCGAUCUUCAAGGCGACGUCUUGGCCGACGUUUAUUGCGGGCGCGGAGACGGACAAUGUCGUCUAUCGGGAGUGGGCUGUGAAUCGGCUGAGGGAGUUUUGGAAUUUGAUUCCGUGGGGGUAUUUGAGGACGGAGGAGGAGAUUAUGAGGAAGGCCUGGAGGUUGAGAGAUGGACAGCCGGAAAAGGAGGGGAGUUGGAUACAGCAGUUGAAGGGGGUAGAGAGGCAUUGGCUGAUUGCUUAG